UGCCUCCUCAUCCUUAUCGUCUCGACAUCAAGAUCAUCAACAUGCCCCUCAAACAGGGAAGAAUCCCGAUGUACGGCGGUACGGUCAGAGUAAUCUUGGUUCCCGUGGUUCGAUACAAUUUACAAGGCAGCCCUUCUGAAUCACAAGUGAAACAAAUCGAAUGGUACCGGAAUUACUAUACCUACCUUACCGACGUUCCUCCCGCUGGGUUACGAUACAAUAAUAAGGGAUAGAACCUUUCCCCAAUAGCCAUAUCCCAUGCAAGGGUCGAUGUCUUUCAAUUUACCCUCCGAGAUUGACUCUCUCUCUCAGCGCCCCCCCAGAUCUGUCUCCCGAAAACCUUCCCCAGGCGCAGCGCCUCCAUCCGUUACCUCCCCGGCCGAGUCUCCAGUUAAUAGCGCCUUCACACAGCCGCCCCGAUCCAUGGUUCACGGCGGGAAUCAUUCUCAUGUUUCAGAAAAUAAUCCGUCUGAAGCCCUGGACUUAGCCACAAUGGAAAUCGAUCGGUCCGCUUUGCGUUUCUGCCGUGGAAUGGAAAACUUUGUGCCCUUUUCCGUUGGAUGUGAUGUCAGUGCUUCCGGGGCGUUGCACCGCAUAUGCCAACCUUUCUCCACGGCGCGGAGUAGGACUCCAUCCGAAUUCCCAAACUGGGGCCGUAGUCGGCACCCGGCUUUUGGGUUUCUCGCCGAAACCAAUCCGAUGAACCCGCAUCGAGGAUGUGGCUCAGCUCCCUCGAAUCUCGAUCCUGAGCACUAUUGCUCAUCCGAACCAACGCCACCUCAUCGAUACCAGUCUCCUAUACUCAUCUCGGUGUCGCCAUGAGACUGGGAAAAUUGGCCGCUGGUCGUGGCCACUCAGGAGAAACUCUGUGUCAUGUCUGAUUGGAGCGCUGGCUCUACACACCCCCUUGACGAGCCAGAUUGUCCCUCCAGUUUCUCAUCAAAAGCCGGAUUCGGUAACUGAGGGUCCAUCC